AUGACUAUACGUGGCUUUCGACGGCAAAGCCAAGUGGAGACACACAACUCGAAGUACUUUUGCCUUCUGGACCUUGCACUUCCCGAAGAGGCUAGGGCUCUUAAUCGGAGGGGUGAGUUGGGCAACGGUCAGUUGGCAGCGAUGGGACCACUCACCAAUGCCAACCAUACAACACCAGCGACCAAUUCAACCUCACCAAAUAACCACAGCAACACAGGCACCAAUUUCCCGGCUGUGACAUCUUCCAAUGCCAACUCCAAUGUGACUGCCUCUUCCUCAACGAAGAACUCAAAGAAACAACAACAGCAACAGAAUAUUGCCAACGGAAAGGCCUCUGGAGCUAUUGUUGCCUCCUCUUCAUCAACUUGUGAUCAUUCCCCCGCUUCUACGAUUAACCAAGCUACCACAGACAAAAAAGUAUUUCCACUUGAAGGAAGCGACCAACACCAGAAUCAGCAACUUGUAGGUUAUUCAGGAGAAGGGAUCUCUUCAAGUUGUUCUUCCCUCUCUGGUCAGGAUGCUCCUCCCUCCACUACAACCGUAGCAGAGACACGAGCAGGCGCCAAGCGGACACCACCAGCACCGCUCGCUCAAAUCACCUCUUCCGCCUCGAACCACAACCGUUCCAAGGGGAAUGACAAAUCCUCUCGAACUGGCAAGGAUUCAUCUGUUUAUCGAAUGGAAGAUGAAUUACGACGGCUUCGGCAUGAGCGCCAAAGUAUGCUGGUAACAGAGUCCGAACUGCGAGCCCAAUUAGCCCAACUUACCACUCUGGAACGCACUUCACGAACCGAGACUAACCAAGCGCGACAGGAAGUCGAGUUUCUCCAAUCAAAGCUCUCUACGCUCACUCAACGGCUUGAGACAGAGCGUGAUAACUUGCAAGCGGCGGAGAAGAAGGCUGCAGAAGAGAAGCGACAACGCAGCAGUUUGGAAGCGAGUCUGGCAACAGAGAAACGUGCGCGACGAGAGGCUGAAAAUGCGUUAAAAGCGGCUGCUGUAGCCAGCCCUUUUGGGCCUAUUUCUGUCAGCAGCUCCUUUGCCAGUGGCGGCGCCUCCACGGGCGCUUCCAACACCAACAACAACAACGCAUCUACCCCCAUUAAUUCCAAGUACUUUUGCCUCACACUGUUGGGAAAAUCUGGGUCGGGUAUUGGUCCCGUGGGGAGUGGAAGCAGCAGCAGUAGCAGCAAUAACCCUCGUUCUCUCUGCGCACCCAACGUUAACCCUAAUGCUAGUGCACUCGGUCUCAGCAGCAGUAAUCGAUGUACUUCGGACACUUGUACUCACAGAAUUCAUGAUUUGGAAUCGCGUGUGAAGUCCCUUACCCGUGAACUAAAGGAUGUUCAGAUGCUCAAUGCCACUCAGGCCAAUCUCCUCAAACAGCAACAGUCCCAACAACAACAUCAAACUAGCGAACAACUCACCGAUCUCAUGCUUCAUCUCAAUGAUGUAGAGACUGAGAACGCCUGCUUGAAGGCCAAGCUCAAGAAUGAGGACAAGGUGAAGCAAGAACUGUUGGCUGGCUACCACAACUCUCUUAAGGAGAUUACUGAGCUCAAUGCUACGUUGACAAGAAAAGAGUACCAAAUUGUGGAUCUUUACAUGAGGUUGGAUUCAAUAAACCCUAAUAGCCCGUUCCAUUGUCUGAUCAAUAAUAGCGUUCCACAAGACAACCCCGUCUCCUCUCCAGGUCCAGAUGGCCGAGCGGGUAAUUUGAGAAUUCCCUGCUCCUCCACAAAUACUUUCAUGAAUCCAACAACAAGCGGAGGCAGCCUUUUCCCCCCUUCUGACUUUGAUUUCGGUGUUGGCAGUAGUUGGCCUCCACCCCAAUUUCCCGGCACCUCGUCGUCCACAAACACUUCCAUAGCAUUUUCUGAUCAGCCUCUUCUCCAUUUCAAUCAGCCUCAACUCCCCCAACCUUCACGUUUACGAUCAGAGAGUACCAAUACGGUGUUUUCUGCUUUCAUGAAUAGAGGAGGCCCACAUCAAGAGAAGAACACAAUCCCAUCAACACAAUCGAGGUUCGAUGUGAAUUCAGCAGAGGUGGACUUGGAAGCAGCGUCAAGUAGUCUCUCUCCAACGGAGUUUCUCUCCAAAUUGAGGAGUCAACUGGCUGCAGCUGCUGGAAAUGGGCAGUUGCCGCAGUCAUCUCAACCAACAAGCCAGCCUGCUCCAAUUAGUCCACCAUCAAGAGAUAUAUCAGGGGGAAUCUCGUCAUUGCCGGUUGGUGGUGGUAUAGGUGAAGAGAGGUCAGAAGAAAGUAGCCCGUUGGAUCAUCAACAACCAAUGGGAGAUGGCGACACAGGAGGAAGCGGAGGUGUUGAAGGGUUACCCGGAGUUGAUAGAGUGGAGGAUUAG